AUGACUAAUCUAAGGGUGUUGGACUUAAGAAGGAACAAUUUCACUGGGAGUAUUCCACCAUUAUGUGCGCAGAACACAUCAUUGAGAACCAUUGUCCUGAAUGGUAAUCGAUUUGAAGGACCUGUCCCGAUGUCAUUGCUCAACUGUGAUGCUCUAGAAAUCCUUGAUGUGGGGAACAAUGUCAUAAAUGGUACAUUUCCAGCUUGGCUAGGAACUCUUCGAGAGUUGCAGGUCCUUAAAUUAAAUUCAAACAAGUUCCAUGGACCUAUAAGUACUAGGAAGAAGUUUUACUUUCCCAGGUUGCGGAUUUUUGAUGUCUCUCAUAAUGAGUUCAGCGGCUCACUGCCUGCACAAGUUUUUCGAAACUUCAAAGCGAUGAUCAAAUUAGAUGACAGAGACAAAGGUGAGAUCGAUUAUAUGAGACUACUGUUUGAUGGUGAAUUUGGUGACAUAACGUAUGAGGAUUCCAUGAGGUUGGUGAUCAAAGGCCAGGAUAUUGAGUUAGAGAGAAUCAAUACUAUUGUGACAGCCAUAGAUCUCUCAAGCAACCAUUUUGAAGGUGUCAUUCCGAAAAUACUCAAGGAUCUCAGCUCACUUUGCCUACUAAAUUUAUCGCAUAACAAUCUCAUAGGAAAGAUUCUGCGGCAAUUGGCAAGGCUAACCUUUCUGGAAAAUUUAAACCUCUCUCAAAAUCUACUUGUUGGACGCAUUCCUCGAGGUCUAGAAUACACAUUUGAAAAUGACUCGUAUGGUGGCAACCUUGAUUUAUGUGGUUUUCCUAUAUCAAUGCAAUGUGAAACGAGUGAACAUUCUCAUAUUCAUCAAUCACUGGAUUUAGAAGAUGAAGAAGACGAGUCAUACUUUGAAAGUGGAUUUACCUGGGAAUCAAUGCUUAUAGGCUAUAGCUGUGGACUAGUUGUUGGAACUGUUGUGUUUAACCUCAUGCUUAAUGCUGUGCAGGGACCCGGUCCUCUGCAGAGUGGUCUCGUCCAGGGCAAUGUGCUAUACAGCUGGAAAGCUGUCCUGUCAGUGGUUGGUGAAGUCGUCAGCGUACUAAACCAAUCAGAACGGACAAGGAUUCGUUUCACUCUUGUUAGAAACAUUUCAAAACCUCGUGUAAGAGCAUAG